GUGAAUAUACCCUAAUCCGACAAUACUGGUGGUAGCACUGGCAGCACUUUCGUUCUUUCUCGUUCAUGGCGCGUGACGCUGUUUAGGUUUCGUCACGAUAAAGUGACGCAUGACAGGUACUAUGUUCACAUAUCUGUUGGAACGAUAUUUACAUGUAUUGUUGAAAGGUGAUAUUUUAAACGGAGGAUGUGAAUCUUCAAUCAUACAACGAGCAUACGUGCCGGGUCCAUGUAUCGAACGCGUAAGGUUGGCGAACCUGAGCGGCGCGCCCGGCCCGAUUUGGCGCCGCGCGCAGCUAAGCGUGCCUGCCGCACUCCGUCAGCGCUUCCGCAGAGCGAAGUGCCGCACCGUUGUACACCACACGGGACGUGUCGUGCGGACGCGGCAAGACAGAAAGAGAGAGAAAGGACGCGAGGGUGCUGUGGUCACUGGCGCGUCCGCUGUCGAUUGUUACAUCCACGAGGGAGAUGUUGAUACGGCUCGUACGAUGGUGGACAACGAGUUCCCGGCCGCCGAGAAGAUCCUCCGCGACAUCGAGAACACAAUCAGGAGGAAUCCUACUAUAAGGAGCUUCGUGAUCCUGCCGAUGGAAGACAACGAGAAUCGCUCGCCGGUGUUCCAUCAGGGGGACAGUCUGGCCCUGGCGUCGUGGUGCGUUCAGCCGCUCUACACGUACGCCCAUCGUCGCCUGUUGGAAUAUCGGCGGACACGUCAUCAGCGGCGCGAGGAGCCUAGCAUCGUGGCUAGGUGGCUGCUGGGCGCACUGCUGAUCAAUCCGAACGUGACGACGUUCUGGAACAUGCGGCGGGAACUUGUGCGCGCCGGCAGGCUAGACGCGCGCGACGAGCUCUUCCUCACUCGGCCGGUGCUCUAUAACACGCCGAAGAGCUUCGAGGCAUUCGCGUAUCGUAGCUGGCUGAUGCCCCUGGUCCUGGACGUCGAGCGUGUCGACGUCGCCCAUCCUCCGGAACCUGGUACCUCGCCCCUCGUCAGCGCCGAGCUCGAGCUCGCGGACACCUGCGCCGAUCGCUACGCGAGCAACUACCACGCGUGGAGCUAUCGCCGCCGCUUGGUGACGCUCUGCGAGUCCCGUGGCCUGCGACAUCCUAGCCUCGAGAGCGAGUGGCGGAGCAGCCUCACUUGGUGCCGGCAACACGUGUCCGAUCAUAGCGCGUAUUCCUACCGGCAGUUCCUGCUGCGGAAGUGCAUGCUCGCGGCGGCGACGACAACGGCGACGGAGUUCUCUCCCGAAACAACGGACGACGAUUCGAUUAGGCAUCAUCUGUUCAUUUAUAUGAAUCUCCAUCAACCCGACGACGAUGAGCGGACGUUGCUGGAGCGUAUUCGCGACGUCGCGCAUCACGACGGCGGCUACGAUUACUCGCCCGUCGACGUCCGAAAAUUUAGGUGUUAUUUAAAAGCAUUGUCGUACUGGGCUGAGGAGUGUUGGCACAACGAUCAGCUCAUCACCAUGUACGACAAUCACGAGACCUUGUGGUGCCAUCGUAGGUUCCUGGCGCACUUGCUCGCCCUGUUCACUGUCACAUACGCGAGAAACGCUUGUUACUGCGACGACGAAUUGUCGGAUGCGCGAUGCCGCGACGAGCCGCUCCUCACGCCGUUACUUUUUCGAGACAAACGCUUAACCACCGACGACGAUCUACUUACAGCGGCUCAUGUGAUACUCUUGAAAUCGUUUUGCGUCGACAACAUCAAGAUUAUUAAGGCAGCGAUCGAACGCGGUCCGCAGGAAAGACUGUUUGUAGAGAGAUUUUGCAAAUAUCUAGAGAGAAUAGGCUUGCGAUGAUCGGAAUUAGCGUGUGGAAUUUUGAGCUUGAAAGAAGUCGCGAUAAGCUGCUCGAUUGUAAAGUUUUACUUGGGUCAGAGCUCGUAAGCGCAACGCAUGAUCUUGUAGGUAUCGUGUAUUUUUUCAGAAGGUUCGUAAGGUUCGUAAGGUUUCUUGAAGUGUUCUAAAGAUGUCUCUAGUAAUUGCCAUCUAAUAGUAUUCAAUUUUUAAAUUCUAUUUAUAUAUAUUGAUAAGAAAAUUGUUUUUGUUUUCAAGAAGAAAAUUACUUGUAGAUGUACAUUAUUUUUGUAAUGUAUUUUAAAGGAUUCUUGGGAAGCAGAUAGAUUUAGUUGUUGAUUGACUUAGAAUUUUUGAUUGAUUCUUUUUUUUUAUUUAGCAACAGCUUUUGUAUUACAAGGACAAAAAGUAUAUUUAUGAACAAAUUUAGAACAGAAAGUUUUUCACAAUUCUAGAUAUUCUAAUUUUGCGCCAAAGGAUUAUUCUCGAUUCGUGGAGCAACAGCGUUAGGAGCAUAAGCAAGAUUUAAUGUGCGUAGGCGGAAUUAAAUCGUUAUCGACAUUAGGUUUGUGACGAUGCGCACCAGUGAUACGUAAAGACGAAAUCGAAUAUAACAUGAAGAUAUAGAAAUGCGAGAGAGGGAAAUUUGUCUCGCCGAACAAGAUCUCUAAGGGAAGUGUGCGGAAGUAUCUGUGAGAAAAACAAUUAUGUAUAGUUACGAAAUUGAACGAGAAAAAAAAUGAAGAUGCUAGUUUUUUAA